AUGUCUUCGAGCUCAUCGACCUCAAGGAAUCAGCUACAAAUUACUCAUGUUCAGCCGCGAGAAGGGGUAAAGGUGUGUGAUUGUGACGUUCCAGCUAAAGAACGAACAUGUUGGAAGAUAACAAACCCUGGGAGGCGUUUCUGGAAUUGUCAAAACAAUAUGACUAGGUUGAAGAAAUGUAGCUUCUUUGAAUGGAAAGAUGAAGAACAGGCAGAAGGGUACUACAAAAACCUGCUAUAUUCUCUGAAGCAGAAACUGGAUGCUAAAGAGGAUCUGUCUGAGAUAAACAAUUUGAGGAGAAGGAUUGCUGAAGUGGAGUUUCUGUUGUCACAGGAGCAGUAUAAGGUGGCAAAGAGUGAGAAAGAAGUUUAUGAUGCAAGGAAGGCAAUAGGCAGGUACAUGAUGAUAUUUGCCUUGUUGUUUGCUUGCUUGGGAAUUUGUGUUUUGAAGUUAGGGGGUGAUUGUACUUAG